AUGCCCAACAAUUCUGAAGAAAAAAAAACUCAGUUUGAAGAAACAAGAGAGUACAGAAAUUUGAGACGUCGCAGAAAUGGAUUGAAGCUUGAAUUGAAUGCUCAUUUAAAGUUCAUCCAAGCAUACACAGAACAACCAAAAUCAUACCAGCUAAUAAAUAUUCGAUUAGAGCAAGUUAAUGAAAUUAUAAAUGAGUUUCAUCGUAUCCAGUGUCAACUUGAAGAGAUGGACACUAGGGAUAUUGAUUUUCAUACGUCUGAACGAAUUGAAUUUAAUGAAGCUGCUUGUGAAGUAAAGGCAUUAUUAAUGUCAGUAGCUGAGUGUGAUGCAAGACAUUCUUUAGAACAUAGUCAAUCCAAUACAACAAAUAUGAGUGAGUCAAUGCGUUUACCUGCAGUACCCGCUCCUACCUUUGAUGGAGAUUUACAGAACUGGUCAUCUUUUAGGGAUUCAUUUGACGCCAUGUUUCAUGACAAUAAGACAUUAGCCAAUGUGCAGAAACUUCAUUAUCUUAAAUCAUGUUUGAUAGGCUCGGCUAGAGAAGUUAUCAAAAAUAUAACAACAACUGGUGACAAUUACCAACGGGCAUAUGAGGCCUUGAUCGCAAGAUAUGAAAACAAGUCAUUAACCAUUCAAUCACACAUUCGUUCAUUACUGGACACGCCAAGGGUGAAAGUUGCUUCUACUGUGGAACUCAGAAAUUUACAUCAUCAUGUUAUAUCACAUAUUAAGGCUUUAGAAGCACUAAACCAACCUAUUGGUGAAUGGGAUGCAUGGCUCGUUACUUUAGUAUGUAGUAGAAUGGAUAAUGUAACUGCUGGAGAGUGGCAGCUGCGUCAACAAACUCGAGAAUUGCCUAAGUUUACAGAUCUGGAAACAUUCCUCGCCAAUAGAGUGUCAGCCUAUGAGGUCGGUGAUUUUGAAAGACCAAUGGAUGGACCAACAGUGACUCCGAAGUAUGUCAAUCAUGCUCCCAGGCAGUUUGCAGGAAGGCAAAAUCAAUAUAAAUCUAAUUCACAUGAUGCCAAAGCCUUCUUUACCAAAAAUUCAGGUUCUCGUUCUAUGAAAUGUGUGUUGUGCGCAGAACCACAUGGGAUCUAUGCCUGCGAUCAAUUCCUUCGUAUGCCAGUUCCUGAGCGUAAGGUAAUUGUGAACAAAUUCAAAUUAUGCUUUAAUUGCUUAAACUAUGGACAUCAGGUCGCUUCUUGCAAUUUCUCCGGUUGUCCACGUUGUGGAAAGAGGCAUAACUCUAAACUUCAUGUUGAUGUCAGUAGUGAUGACUCAAAUUGCACAUCAAAACAAAAUGAAACACAAUCAACCAGCGAACAAAACACUGUAUUACAUGCUAGAGGCAGUACUGUGCAGACUUCUACUAUGUCACCUAUCAUACUCGCUACUGCGUUGAUAUAUGUGGAUGAUGCAUAUGGGAAGUCUCAUUGCUGCAGGGCUGUUUUAGAUUCCGGGUCGCAGUUGAACUUCAUUUCAUCUUCAUGUGCUCAACGUUUACAAUUAUCCAAAACAAAUGUAUCAGUAUCAAUCUCUGGUGUUGGAAGCAUGUCCUCAUCCACUGUUCGUCUAUUGCCGUGUACUAUAUCAGCUCUUUGUAACGAUUAUCAACUUAAAGUAGAAUUUUAUUCAUUGCCAAUCAUCACUGAAAAAUUGCCUUCUCAAGUAUUUGAUAUAUCACAAUUGAAUAUACCUUUUAAUGUAAAAAGUGAGUUAGCUGAUCCUCAGUUUCAUAUACCAGCUCCUGUGGACAUUCUUCUUGGUGCUGAAUUAUUCUAUGACAUUUUUCUGGGUGAACGCUUACAGUUGUCAAAAUAUAUUUGUCUACAUCGCACGAAAUUAGGAUGGAUACUUACCGGUAAAGGUUUUGAAAGUCCCCUCGAUCAAUCAAAAAUGACUAUGCUAUCUACCACCACAUUCAAUAAUUCAGCAUUAAGUUUAUUUACCUCCACAGUAAAUAUUAAACUGACGAAUGAAGAAAUAAGAGCCGAAGAACAUUUCAAUACAAAUGUCAAACGCAUUGAGAACGGUCGUUUCCAGGUCAGACUUCCUCUUUGCGCUGAUACAAAACUACUUGAAGGAUCUCAACAAAUGGCAAAACGGCGGUUCUUCAAUUUAGAACGGCGAUUAAGCAAAGAUAGUGCCCUUUCUCAACAAUACAAGUCAUUCAUGGAAGAAUAUCUUGAACUUGAUCACAUGGAGACAGUGGAAACUUCUACUUCCAAACCCUCUUAUUAUUUGCCUCAUCACCCUGUCUUCAAGGCUGGCAGUUCCACCACAAAGGUGCGAGUUGUGUUUGAUGGUUCAGCAGUUGCUCCAUCAGGUCAUUCCUUAAAUGACAUAUUACUCAAAGGUCCCAAGGUUCAGCCAGACAUUUCUAGAAUACUUUGGCGUUUUCGUAUUCAUCAAGUGGCCAUUACAGCUGACAUUGCUAAAAUGUACAGGCAGGUUGUGAUAGCUUCAGAAGACAGAGAUCUGCAAAGAAUUUUCUAUCGCUCAUCUCCUGAUGAACUCCUAAAGGAAUAUCGGUUAAAGACUGUCACAUAUGGGACUAAAUCUGCUUCGUUUUUGUCAACCCGAUGCUUGGUGCAAAUUGCCAAAGAGUGCAGUGAUAUGUCCAUCAAACGUAUGACAUUGCAAGAUUUCUAUGUAGACGAUCUUAUUAGUGGCGGUUCCACAGAGGAUCAAUGUUUCACUUUCUAUGACAAAUUACAAGCUCUUCUGGACAGUGCUGGACAUCGUUGUCUGAUGAUCCUGGUGAAUUUAAAGCCCUUACUCCAAGUCAUUUUCUUAUUGGAGGGAAUCCAAUGUUGCCACAGGAACCAGAUUUGUCGGCUGUUCCUAUAA